CUUGACUUGGUGGCCCACAGAGGGCCCACUGCAACUACUGACUGUCUCACCGACAGAAGAAAUGUCACUACAAACAGCGGCCCGCACCGCACCACACCGCACCGCACCUUUCCUCCACCCCCCACUACUCUGCCUGCAAUGCUUCUUUACUCAUGUCUGACAUGGGUGUCGGACAGCCAUGCCAUCAGACAGCCACACCCAUGGUACUUGCACAUUGCGGUGUGUCGCAACGCACAAGUGCCAUGAAUGUGUUUGACCAAUGGCUGUCCGACAACUCAACAAGCCCCUUCUCUCUCCCUUCUCUCCCUCCCUCAGGCCUCCCACAUGUGUCUGCAGUGAAUGCAGACCAGCUUGAGAGUGGUCCUGUCCACGACGUUCUUCCGCCGCCAGUAAGUCAUGUGAGCCUCGCUCUUGUGGCACCGGUCGCACAUGUACAUCCGCGUCACGUUCUGUGUCGACGGCCGACGGAUGGAGCGCUCCAGUCCCUCUGCGCGGUCAGAUCGCCGCCGCUGGGAGACGUGCCGGUUGGCCAUGUCCUCCGACCGCAUCGAGCACAGCUCGCUCGGUGAGAUGGCGCCCUGUAAAAUGCUGCUGCACAGCUCGAGAUUCUGACGCAGACCGGCACUGACCUGAAAGAUGGAGAGGGAAAGGGGCGCAAUGCCCAUGCAGUGUGAGCAACGCUCGGUUUUUCAUCACACGCACCUGUCGCAGCUUCUGCCGAUACUCCUUGGGGCCGCGGCUGGUGGCGAAGAUCUCCUUCUCGAUGGCCUUGGCCGUGUGCAUCUUGCCGGCCACGUCAGCGUCCACGUUCAGACGGGCAGCCAGCCGCUCCACAUACCGACGCCGCAUCUCAUUCAAGCACACCUGCACACACCCAUCGGGGAAGGAAGGAGUGACCGACACGCAUCGGAUCUCCCGUCUCUGCCUGCCGUUCUCUCCUCACCCUCCACAGCGCUUUCGCCGUGCGAGAGAGCAAACACGCCUGAAAUGGAGACAACAUGGCCCACACACGGUGUGUGAGUGAGUUUCCGUCAGCUUCCUUGACGCACCUCUGUGUCAGAUACAAAGACGACCAAACUCUCCACCACUUCGCCGGGCAGCUUCUCGAGAAUCGGCGGGCCGCUGACGGCUGCAACCGCUGCACUUGACGAGGGAUGAGCUGCUGAUGCUGACGAGGGGAGCUCCUGCUGAGUUUUUCCUGUGCGGGGUUUCUUCGCCCUUUCAGGACAAAGGCAACCUUCUCCGGCCUCUAGCAUUGUCCUCGCCUCCACAUCUAAGCUCGCAAGCGCCGGUCGAGCGAUGUUUUCAGGACAGUACGUCCACGAGGAACCGUAGAAGCUUUUCCGAAGCAGAAAUUGCGACGAAUCCACCAUCAU